CUCAAGAUUUUAAAAUAUCGAUAUUCCGACAAGAAUUUCAUUUAUUUCCUAAGAAUUGAAUUUUUCAAUAAAAAAUAAUGAUUUUGCACAGUAGAAAAUUGUACAGAUAUGCAACGAACCUCUGCAGCGGUUAUGCGACCACUGCAAACUUUUCAUCGAGUGCAGCUCAUUGCACUCAGCAGCAACCCAAAACGGCCAUACUCAUGCUCAACAUGGGAGGGCCGCAGCAUACCGAUCAAGUACACGACUACCUGUUGCGCAUUAUGACCGACCGUGAUAUGAUUCAGCUGCCGAUGCAAAGCAGAUUGGGGCCCUGGAUAGCGCAACGCCGGACGCCUGAGGUGCAGAAAAAGUACAAGGAAAUCGGAGGGGGCUCGCCUAUCCUCAAAUGGACAAAAUUGCAGGGUCAGUUGAUGUGCGAGGAACUAGACAAAAUAUCUCCAGAGACGGCACCUCAUAAGCACUAUGUCGGCUUUCGUUAUGUUACUCCACUGACUGAGGAUACUCUGGUACAAAUCGAAAACGACAAGCCCGAGCGCGUGGUUCUCUUCUCACAGUAUCCGCAAUAUAGUUGCGCCACUUCCGGCUCUAGCUUCAACUCCAUUUUCACUCACUACCGACAGAACACCUUGCCAGACAACAUAAAAUGGAGUAUUAUUGACCGCUGGGGCACACAUCCGCUGCUGGUAAAGACCUUUGCACAACGCAUCCGAGAAGAGCUGGCUAAGUUUGUGGAGACGAAGCGCAACGAUGUGGUCAUACUCUUCACGGCACACUCUUUACCCCUGAAAGCCGUCAAUAGAGGUGAUCCUUAUCCUUCGGAAAUAGGUGCUACCGUGCACAUGGUUAUGCAGGAGCUGAGACAAAGUAACCCCUACAGCUUGGCCUGGCAGUCGAAAGUCGGUCCCUUGCCUUGGCUCGCGCCAGCGACAGAUGACGCUAUUAAGGGAUACGUAAAACAGGGCCGCAAAAAUUUUAUACUCGUGCCCAUUGCCUUUGUGAAUGAACACAUUGAAACGCUGCAUGAACUGGACAUUGAGUACUGCGACGAGUUGGCCAAAGAGCUAGGUGUAGAGGAAAUGCGGCGGGCUGCAGCACCAAACGAUCAUCCACUAUUUAUUAAUGCAUUGAGCAGCAUUGUGGCGGAGCAUCUGCGAGCCGAGCAGCCGGUCAAUCCCAAGUUUCUGAUGCGAUGUCCUAUGUGUGUCAACUCACGUUGUCGCGACAGUAAACGCUGGUACCAGCAGAUAUGCAGCCAAUAGAAAUUAAUCGCCUUUUUGCAUUCACCGAGUGCACCUUCGCAAUUUCAACUGGUUUAAUUGUAAGCUAUAUAUGAUACAUAUGUACGCACGCUCAUCGAUAGGUUCUGCGGUUUCUUGGGUUGGGGGAAUUUCACUUCAUAAACAUAAACAACAAAUAUAGUACUUGCUACUGCAGACUCUCUUA